AUGGGUGGGAAAAAUAAUUUGAAAUUCCACUGGAAUUUGACGAGCUAUUGCUUGAGAAUUCUCGCCCUCUGGCCUUUGUUGAGGGUUGAGAGUUUUAUGAAUAAAAUAUUUGAUUAUGGGCAUCUAAUUGUUGUGGGGGUGAUGGCACUGCAGCAGGGCCUCAGCAUGAUGGUGAAGUGUUAUAUCAGGUGUGAAAACUUUGUCGCUGCUGCUGAAAGCAUAGGACCUAUGAUGUCGUUGUUCAUAGCCUUCGGCAAGAUCUGCAUCUACAGAUACAACAAAUGCUCCCUGAGGAAGCUCUCGACAAGCCUCGAGGCCUGUCUGAACAAUCCAAACAGUGAGGAGUACAAUUACCUCCGGACGUACAUGAAGUACGGAAACAUGGCGUCUACAUCUGUCUUCGGAUCAAUAUUGAUUUUGAUCAUUGGGUACUUCAGCAUUCCGCUGAUGCGGACCACUCACGAGCUUCCCUUUCUCGCUUAUUACCCCUGGAACUGGCGGAAUUCGACCUUGGGAUAUACAUUUUCAUAUCUUCAUCAAGUGAUUUUGACUUCUGUUCUAGCCUGCGCGUGCUCAACUGAAUUCACUUAUGUCUGGUACAUCUGUCAUUGCUGCGCCAGGCUUAAGGUCAUUCAGGACAAGUUGAGGAACAUUUCGGUGAGGAAUUUUAAAAGAAAGUUCCGGCACGAGGUGCAGUGGGUCAUUUCUGGAAUUGUGGAACUUCAUGCUGAUGUUCUUGAUGAUGUCAUUUUGAUAAACACGGCCUUCACUUAUAUCGUCUUGCUAUUGUUCCUGGCAGCUGUUAUCGCCAUUUGCUGCGCUGGGUUGACAAUAACUAGUGCAACUACUGACUCGACCACUGUACUUCUAUUUUUGGUCCUCGCUGUUUAUUACGCCCAGCAGUUACUAUUUUAUUAUCUUCCUGGGGAUCUACUUGCACAAGAAACAUUGGCAGUGGGGAAAGCGGCUUAUUCCAGUAGCUGGGAAAUUCUAGAUGCCAAACAUCAGAAAACAAUAGGACUCAUUUUAUUCAGGAGCAAUUUACCCCCUCGACUACUUGUCGGUAAUUUAAAUCCUCUUUUGAUGGAAAAUUACAUGUCGUUUCUGGCAACAACUGCGUCAUACUUCACCUCAAUCAGAGCAGUGACUGAUAAAAAUUAG